UUAGACAGCUGCGUCUUCCGUUUCCGGUUGAAUUUAACCCUGGUUACAUGUGUGACAUUACUAGUGUGAGGAGUUAGUCCGGGUUCGAGCUCAGCGGAAGUUUACUCGGAAUAAAAAUGUCUCGGGUGUUGAUCGUUGGCGCGGGUCUGACAGGAAGUGUGUGCGCGUGUUUGCUGAGGAGAGAGCUUCAGAAUAAAGUUAAUAUCGUGGUCUGGGACAAAGCCAGAGGUUCAGGAGGGAGGAUGUCGACCACUCGUCCUCCUGACCCAUCGUCUCACUCAGCUGAUCUUGGAGCUCAGUACAUCACGGCCACACCGGCCUAUGCUCAGUCACACCACAGUUUCUACUCGGAGCUCUUGUCCUCUGGCGUCCUGCAGCCUCUCCUCACUCAGGUUGAAGGUCUGAAGCACAAAGACAACGAGAGGAACUACGUGACACCACUGGGCAUGUGCAGUGUGGUCAAACACUUCCUGUCUGAGUCAGGAGCUGAUUUGUUCUUCGAGCAUCAUGUGACCGGCCUGUACCGCUCCGGUGCAUCAUGGGAGGUGGAGAGGAAGGCGGGAGCCAGCGAGAUGUUUGAUGCCGUCAUCCUGACGAUGCCGGUGCCUCAGAUCCUGCAGCUGCAAGGAGACGUGGGACAACUGCUGUCCGUCCAGCAGAGACAACAGUUGGACGAGGUCGUGUACUCGUCUCGUUUCGCCGCCGCUCUCUUCUUCGCUCCAGACGUCGUCUUCAGUUUCCCGUGGGCGGCUCGAUACGUCCCCGACAACUCCUGCAUCCGCUACAUGGCUGUGGACAACCGCAAACGCAACACAGACGCUCCCGGCCGUGGCCCGUCCCUCGUGGUCCACACUAGCGUCCCGUUUGGCCUGGAGCACUUGGAGCGAGACAAGGAGGAUGUUCAGCCAAUCAUCUUACUGGAGCUCCGAAAGCUGCUCCCUGACCUGCCUCAGCCAAUCAGCAUCAAGUGUCAGAAGUGGCGGUACUCCCAGGUGCUGACCUCGGUGUUGAGCUGUCCGGGUCACAUGACCAUCCUCGACCAACCGCCCCUCAUCUGUGGCGGCGACGCGUUCAGUCACUCAAACUUCGACGGCUGCGUGGAGUCGGCCCUGAGCGUGGUCCGCGUGCUGACGACCUCGCUGACCCCGACGGCUGACGUUUCACUCAAUGACUGACAUUGUUUGUUUGUCUUUAAAUAAAUAUGAUUGAAUUUGAUCCUUGGAUAUUUUCAAAACUGAUCAGAAGUUUGUUCGACCUGCUGCAGUUCUAUGACACAUAUAUUUAUUAUUGGCACUGAAAUCCUACUGAUCAGUUUCUGCAGUUUGUUUGAGUCAUGUGACUGAGAAGAACCAAUCAGGAAAAGGGUGCAUCAGUGAAGAAGUUAACAAGCUAGCUGUGCAGGAGGCAAAGCUAGUGAUGCUAACAGGAAGUCCUGUGUCUCAUUGUGCCACCGCAGACGAGCUAAUAUAGACCAUGAUGCAUCACUCCUUUGUGGGGCAGACGAGUGUAACCUGUCGAUAUAAACACUUGUUUGACCUUUGAAACAAACGGUCAACAGAACAUUGCAGUUUAUAAAUAGUUUAUUCAC